GGCGAUGACGGCGGGGUCCAUGUUCUUGGCGCUGGCGGCGUUAUAGAUCUUCGAUUUGUAGGUGUUCAGGCGGUUGAGGUCUGUCCUGGCCAUCUGCUGGGAGGCACUGGUACCUGAACAGGAUCAGGAUCAAAGAAAAACAGCCUUUGAAACUAUGAUGCUGUUUCUGGUGAUGUUAGUGUUGGCCGGAGGCGCCUUUGCCCUUCCUGUCACUGUGGACGAUAUCGCUCCGCCGGUAGACAGGAGCCCCUGCAUCGGCAAUGGGUACUGCCCGGGGUCUCACUACACAGGGGCCAGCUGUGUGGAGGGGUACUGCGAGUGCUCCAGCAGCGAGAACUACCAGCAGUACACGUGUCUGCCGGUUGUCGGGAGCUGUGCGAUACGUCGCAGCUCUCCCACAGCUCAAGCCGCAGCGUUCCAGAGUUCCCUGCCCAGAGAGACCUACAGCUGCGUGGCCGAUGACAACAGCCUGUAUGACGUACACGUGCUGGGGGUGUACGAGGGAGUCGGGCAGACAUGGCCAUUCCAACAGGACCCCGUAGCGGCGGCUGAGAUGGACGUUCACGUCAGCGCAGGGAAAGACUACGGCAAACCUCUGGUCCUGGUGUUGAGCUCGUACGAGCCGGUCAACUGGGUGCUCCAUCUACCGGCUGACGUGGAAGUGCAGGAAGUUCUUCUGGUUGCUUAUCAUCUCGACCAGAGUAACGUGACUGUGCGGAGUGGUUCUGUGAACAACGUGCAGCGCCUGUCAGUUCACACAGGGGGCGCUCCUGCGUGUGCGUACGGCAUUGACGACGGCGGGUGUAACACUGUCGGGAUGCUGACGUACGUCGGGGGACUGUUUGGGCCCGUCUCGUCAUUCACGGGCACAUACAGUGCAGAACGAUGGGACUUAAACAUAGGGAUGCACGUGCACGGAGAUGAGAACGGAAAUGUCGUCGCUGUCGUCAGUGGCUGAAGAGAUGUGGUAUCCAUAUCUAGUCUCUCUGGGAUCAAGUAAAACGUAAAA